AUGGAGCUUUCGACUAAACUGACUGACCAUUUAGUAGUAUGUGCCGUUGUGGCCGUCUAUUUGAUCUCUGGAGGUCGGCUGAGUAUAGGAAUAUCGGUCGCUGUGCUGUAUGCUCUGGCUAUACACGAUUCUGGCAGGAAAGUUGAAGUUUCUGAAGCUGGAAUUAUCCAAGCUAAGUCGGGCGUUGCAGGAAAGCCCGAAAAGAAAACGUGUUGUGGCGGGAAGGGCGGCAGCUCAUGCUGUUCUUCUGGAAGUGGUGGAAAGAAAGGCGGCUGUUGCGGAGGAUCAUGUGCUUCAAAGAAGAGGGCAGAAGAGAAACCCGCAUCAACUGGACCUGUUUUCGAAUCAAGUGCGAGUGAGCCCAUCGCAAUUGAUUUUACUCACGCCUUCAAGCCUGCCAGAAGCUCCAAGCCAAAAAGUGGAGCAAAGAAGAUGCCAAGAUUCAUCAGCAGGACUGCGGGCAGCGCUAAAAAGGACACUGGUUUCUUCAAGAAAGCCUUAACAGUUUCCAACGAGAAGCUCUCGAACUCUCAAAUUUAUGUUUUUUACUCUUCUCUGCAAGGCGCGGCAGAGCGUUCUGCUAAAACUGUUCUGGAAACGCUCUCUGGCAUGCCAGAACUUAAAUACGAGCCUAAGCUUCUCAACCUGGAUGAACUGAGUGAUUUCGAUGACUACUUUGUCAAUGUGCCGUGUUCUUAUGCUUUAUACAUUUUGGUGUUACCUUCGUAUGACAGCGACUCCCCAUUGGACUUUUUCUUACAAUCUUUACAAGAAAAUGCAAGCGACUUCAGGAUAGAUAAGUACGUGCUUCGGAAGCUUGUUGGAUACGCGGUCCUUGGUAUCGGAGAUUCAGAGUCUUGGCCAGAAAAGUUCUGUUACCAGGCAAGGCAGGCCGACCUCUUAUUAGCAAAGCAAGGUGGUCGUAGGGUGUUUCCCGUGGGAGAAAUAUGCAUGAAAUUUGGUGGAGAUCCAAAAGUGUCGGAAUGGUCUAAACUACUGGCAGAAACCUUGUGUGAUGAUGAACCUAUACUGUACGAGUAUGACGAAACUUUGGACGACGAGGAACCUCAGGACCCUGAAGAUGAAUUAACUAAAGAGCCACUCAUCGAUUUGGAAGAUGUUGGAAAAUCCUCUGAACUUCAAGACGUGUCCAGCGUCAAAAAAAUGAUAGUAAAGGAUAGUCCUACCUUCAAAAAUCUUACGAAACAAGGCUACACCGUGGUUGGAUCACAUUCCGGUGUGAAAAUUUGCAGGUGGACUAAAAACGAUCUACGUGGAAGAGGCUCAUGUUAUAAACACUCUCUUUUUAACAUUGUAUCGAGUAGGUGCAUGGAAUUGACUCCCUCUCUUGCGUGCUCUUCCAAGUGCAUCUUCUGCUGGCGCCACGGCACUAACCCUGUCUCUAAAACUUGGAGAUGGGAAGUUGACGAUCCCGAGUAUAUCCUCGAGAAUGCCUUGCAAGGACACUACGCAAAAAUCAAACAAAUGAGAGGUGUCCCUGGUGUCAUUGCAGAAAGGUUUGCAAAGGCUUUUAAGGUUCGCCACUGCGCCCUAUCCCUUGUUGGCGAACCAAUCAUGUAUCCAUUCAUCAGCAAAUUCGUUAGUCUCUUGCACCAAAAGGAAAUCUCGAGUUUCUUGGUUUGUAACGCUCAACAUCCCGAGCCUUUAAGAGAUUUGGGCAAGGUCACUCAACUUUAUGUCUCUAUCGAUGCGCCAACCAAGAAUGAACUGAAGAAAGUUGAUAGGCCCCUAUAUCGUGACUUCUGGGAGAGGCUAAUGGAAUGCCUGGACAUUUUGAGGACCACCCAAUCCCACCAGAGGACUGUCUUCAGAAUGACCCUAGUGAAGGGAUUCAAUAUGGCUGACGUUAGCGCAUAUGCAGACCUUGUGCAGCGUGGUCUUCCAUGUUUCAUUGAGGUUAAAGGCGCCACCUUCUGCGGGACUUCUGAUGGAAACGGUAAUCCUUUGACCAUGCAAAACAUUCCAUUUUACGAGGAAUGUGCGAAAUUUGUUAAGUCGUUGGCGGCUGAACUGCAAAGAAGAGGUUUAGGGUACGAUGUUGCUGCUGAGCAUGCACACUCUAAUUGUAUCUUAAUUGCUAGUACGAAGUUCAAAAUCAACAACGAGUGGUACACUCACAUUGAUUUUGACAGGUUCUUUGAGCUUCUCAAUUCAGGCAAAGACUUUAAUCACAUGGAAUAUCUACAAAAGACCCCAGAGUGGGCAUUGUUCGGUAAUGGUGGUUUUGCCCCAGGCAACACCCGCUUCUACAAGAAAAAAAGAGGACAGGAAGCACAAGCUAAAGAGGAGCAAGGCUUGCAGGAAAAUGUUAGUACGCAACCUAUUAACGCAUAA